CUGGGUCCGAGCGGUCCGCGACACCGGGCCCGGCCGCUCGGACCGCUGGACCGUCCGGUCCGUCCGGUCCGUCCGACCGACCUCGCUCCUCGCCACCGUCUUCUCCUUGACCGGACGCAUUUUUCCGCGGAAAAAUCGCGGGGCGCGUGCGCCCGGGGCCGGUGGGGAUGUUCUUGGUCGUGUCUAAGGCGGCGGGGGCGGCGCCGCGUCUUGCUAGUUGGAGCGGCGUCUUCGGCUGGCGCGCGCGUCCGCCCCACCCCGCAAGAAAGCGUCGCGGCGCUCAAGUUUUCCACCAAGAAGUUAGUCGACGCCCGCCCGCGCCUCAAGGAGGUCCACAUCCGCUUUCCCUCUGAUCCCGGCUCGUAA